GUCUCUGUGGUUUUUAUAGUCUAUGAUUGAAGUCGAGGCAUGCGGUGGUAUACGAGUGCGGAAGCUCCUUCGUGAGAAUUGUAAAGGAGUUUCCUCCACGUUUUUGGUUUUGACAGGCAGGUAAAUAUUUUACCAUCAUGCCACCAAAAAAGUCAAUGGAGGAAACCGACCGGUUGACUCGUAUCGCUAUUGUCAAUUCUGAUAAAUGUAAACCAAAACGGUGUAGGCAAGAGUGCAAAAGAUCUUGUCCGGUAGUACGAAUGGGGAAACUCUGUAUAGAAGUUAAUCCAAAUAGUAAGAUAGCAUCAAUAUCUGAAGAACUAUGUAUUGGAUGUGGUAUUUGUGUCAAGAAAUGUCCGUUUGAGGCAAUAUCUAUCAUUAAUCUUCCUAGUAAUUUAGAGAAAGAAACAACGCAUCGUUAUUCAAAAAAUUCAUUUAAACUGCAUAGACUGCCUAUUCCAAGGCCUGGCGAAGUAUUAGGGUUGGUUGGAACUAAUGGAAUUGGGAAAUCAACUGCUCUGAAAAUUUUGGCAGGCAAACAGAAGCCUAAUUUGGGUCGAUAUUCUGAUCCACCAGACUGGACAGAAAUUUUAAGUCAUUUCAGAGGUAGCGAAUUGCAGAAUUAUUUUACUAAAAUAUUAGAAGAUGAUUUAAAAGCUCUUAUUAAACCUCAGUACGUAGAUCAAAUUCCUAAAGCUGUAAAAGGCACUGUGCAACAGCUUUUAGACAAAAAAGACGAAUGUAAAAAUCAGAUAGAAAUUUGCGAAAUGUUGGAUUUAAUGCACAUACGUGACAGAGGUAUUGAUGCAUUGUCUGGUGGGGAACUUCAACGUUUUGCAUGUGCUAUGGUGUGCAUUCAAAACGGAGAUAUUUUCAUGUUUGACGAACCAUCUUCGUAUUUAGAUGUAAAGCAACGUCUUAACGCGGCUUUGACAAUUCGAUCUCUCAUUCAUCCUGAUAAGUUUAUAAUAGUAGUGGAACACGACUUGUCAGUUUUAGACUAUUUAUCUGACUUUAUUUGUUGCCUUUAUGGCGUUCCGGGAGCGUAUGGUGUUGUUACCAUGCCUUUCUCUGUUAGAGAGGGCAUCAACAUUUUCCUCGAUGGUUUCGUACCAACGGAAAAUUUGAGAUUUCGCGAGGAGUCUCUUGUAUUUAAAGUGGCCGAAAGUGCAACCGAGGAGGAAGUUAAACGCAUGAAUCAUUACGAAUAUCCCGCGAUGACGAAAACAAUGGGCUCUUUUAAAUUAAACGUUGAAAAAGGCCAGUUUACAGACUCGGAAAUUCUCGUGUUACUUGGCGAGAAUGGCACGGGGAAAACCACGUUCAUCAGAAUGUUGGCUGGUAAUUUACCACCUGAUGACGGAUCGGGAAGUAUCCCGCAAUUACAUAUUAGUUACAAACCACAAAAAAUUAGUCCCAAGUCUCAAGGAAUCGUACGGCAAUUGCUGCAUGAGAAAAUCAGGGACGCUUACGUUCAUCCUCAAUUUGUAACAGACGUCAUGAAACCGUUGAAAAUAGACGAUAUUAUGGAUCAAGAGGUACAGAAUCUCUCCGGAGGGGAAUUGCAACGAGUUGCUUUAGCUUUGUGUCUUGGAAAACCUGCCGAUGUCUAUUUAAUCGACGAGCCGUCUGCUUAUUUGGACUCUGAGCAACGUUUGGUUGCGGCUAAAGUAAUAAAACGGUUUAUUCUACACGCCAAGAAAACAGGAUUCGUUGUAGAGCAUGACUUCAUCAUGGCUACGUAUUUGGCUGACCGUGUAAUUGUAUUUUCUGGCACUCCAUCUUUAGCAACCGUUGCUCAUAGCCCGCAGUCUUUAUUGAACGGAAUGAACAGAUUCUUGGAACUCUUAGGUAUUACGUUUAGAAGAGAUCCGAACAAUUUCAGACCGAGGAUUAACAAGAGCCAGUCUGUGAAGGACUUGGAACAAAAGAAAGCUGGACAAUAUUUCUUCCUCGAAGAAUGAGACAUGAUUUCAUUCAUAAGUUGAGUAGCAGCUAAAAUACUACUAAGAAGUUUUUGUAAAUCUUUAUACGUUUAAAAGUCGCGAAUGGAUUUCUUACUACACAUUAAAUAUCAAUGACGCGUGUUCUGCGUUAUAUUGGAAUGCUACUCGUUUCGGUGCAUAAGUUCUUUUCGUUCGUGGGAUAUUUAUCAAAGUAAAUAACGCAGUUUUCCCGAUACAUAAUCUUGAUACAUUACAAAUUCAAAAA